GGCAUCUAAAAUAUUAUCUCUUGAUCACUGGAGUCAGACUUGGAUUUCAAUCCUGAGCUGGAUAUUUCCUGGUAUAAUCCAAUGAGGCCUCCAUUCCUCAAUUUCCCCUUGCAAAAUGGAGAUAGCAUUAGUAGCUGCCUCAUAGGGUUUACAGAGGAUACAGUGAAAUAAUCCAUAUAAAGUGCUCCGUGUGCUAGUCUCUCAGAUAGUGAUUAUUCUACACACAUGAGCUAUUACCAGCUAAAUUUUGUUUUUAAUAGAUUUUAAGCUAGUGAAGACCAAGGGUAUAUUUUUUUAAUUUUUAAUUUUGUGGGUACAUAGAUAUAUUUAUGGGCUACAAGUGAUAUUUUUGUACAGGUAUGAAAUACUUAAUAAUCAGCUCAUGGAAAAAUGGGUAUUCAUCUUUUUAUUACUCAUACUGGCUUAUAUAGUACCUGGACCACAACUUUAGCAAUUGAAUGAAAGAUGAACAAUCAGAAACAAACUGAAUGAAGGUUAGGUCUUGAGAAGGCCAACACACUGGGACUCUGUGGUGAAAGCGUAGAGAAAGUUCGCCCCCUUUCUCCUCUUCUCUUUAAAGCCUUCCCAGCCUGGAAUCUAGAAAGACAUAACGUGCCAAAAUCCCUUUGUUCCCUGCCUCAGUUCAUCAAAGGGCAAACUCAUCUUUCAUUUUAUAAACAUUAUUUUUCUUCCAAAAGCCGUAUUGCUGGAAUCAAAGCAGAAAUGGGUUCAUUACUGUGAGUUAACUGGUGAUUUUGAAUAAACUGCACUUUAGGGGUAUGCUCUGAAGUGCGAAAGUAAGAGUGUCUCUAAUUAAGCACGUUCAUUUUUCUGAGGACAGGCAAGAGAUAACCUUCAUGCAGCAGUAGAGCCUGAGCUGAAGGACUCCCCAAAAUUGCUUUGAAGAAACUUCUUUAAAUGGGGGUGCCUGAAACAGCCUCUCACCCUCCUCAGUAGUUACGUGAGAAUGCAUUGCAGAGAAGAAAAUUUUGGCAAACUGUCACAAGAGUGUCCCUUUUCUCUCACUGCCGCUUCAUACUUAUCUGCUACACACACACACACACACACACACACACACACACACACACGGCAGGGGCACAGAACUUUCUUGUAUCUAACAUUAAUGCAGAAAGGGCGAGAAAUCUUUUAAAAAGUCACAAUCAAGUGUUGGGUUACUUAUGCUGGUGAUGUUUGUUUCAUUGAAUGCUUUGGGUAUUCCUGGCCACUGUUACAUGAGACACAUGGGAAAAUGUUAUGACCAUCAGCAAGCAGCUAUCAGCCCCACUGGCUUCAGAUGCUUUGGGAUGUGGGGGAAAUUGACUAGUCCUUCACAAGCCGUUGUUUCCUCAUCCAUAAGAUGGAAAUGUAAACCCCUCUCUUCCUCAAAGAGGGGUAUUUAGAAAGGAAGAUUCUAUGUGUUAGGCCCACUGCCUGAAAACGUAUGUGCUCCAUGGAGAUUAAGUAUCAUUUAGAAAUAUUAUUGCCCCUAAUCCUCACAACACUUCCCUGAAGGAGGGAUAUUGGCCUCAUUUUGAAGACCAGCAAACCAAAGCUUAGCAAGUUUAAGUCAUCCAAAUGAGGACAAAGAUUUGGAGCCAGUAUUUAAGUUUCCUCUUUCUGUUGGAUGCUCGUAAUAUUUCUCUUUUAAAAGGGAAUUCAAGGCCCUACAGGAAGAAAAUAUAUUGGAUUAAUAUUUUAGUUUGAAUCCACGCUGCGACUUGAAGGUAAGAGUUGCAUAUGUAGUUAAGUAACUUUACUUAUUUAGAUUGCAGUGUUCUUUUAGCUGAAAAUGAAGGGAUGAGAGUGGAUGCUAUCCAAGGUACUUAUCAUCCACACCAGUGAUUUUAAGAUAUUUUGGGCAGGGCAACCUUCUUGGCUGCCUUCCUUGUAUUGCUUUCAUUGUUCACGUGGGCAGGAACCACAAAUCAUAUUCACAUUAAAUGCUGAAGAUAGAGCACAGCCAAUAUGUGUGAGCAUGCAGUGCUCAUGGCUCACCUUAAAAAGAAGCAGUAGGAAUAGGACUUCCUAAAAAAAAAAAGUUUGGAAAUCUCUCAGGCUCCACAGGCAGAAGAGGCAUGCUGGUAACAGGAAAUUGGGCUCUGCCAGAUCAGUGAGAGAGCAGGUAGCUUUUUAGGUGAGAAUAUCAAUCAGAUUAUUCAUUCAACAACCACUCACUCCCUCUUAUUUACCAGGCACCAUUCUGGGAUUGAGGAUAUUAUAUUGAACAAGACAAACAAAAAUCUCUACCCUCAUGGGUAGGAGUUUAUAUUGUAGCAAUUCUGGCAGAAGGAGACACUUAAUAAACAAAUAUACGUGCCAGGUGGUGACAAUGCUUUGGAGGAAAAUAACACUGGUUCAGAGGGUAGUGAUUCCAGGGCCAGGUGAGGGAGGUUUUUCUAUAUAGUACGGUUAGAAAGGGCCUCUCUGUGAUAGGAAUUUUGGAACUAAGACCUAAGUCAAGUCACUUAUUCAUGGGAAGAUAUGGGGAUAAGCACUGCAAGAGAGGGAAAUACAAAGGCCGGAGCUAAUGACAUAAACAUUUAAAAAAAGAAAAACCCUCAGGCCUUGGGAAGAAAAACAUAACAGCAAAGGAACCCGUAAUUUUGACAUCCAGACCAAGUGGAAGGACUCUCACUCUGAUGCUCUUCAAUAGUUCCUGCCAGCCAGGCACAGUUGCCAGGCACAGUUGCUCACGCCUGUAAUCCCAACGCUUUGGGGGUCCAAGGCGGGCAUAUCACCUGAGGUCGGGAGUUCAAAACCAGCCUGACCAACAUGGAGAAACCCCGUCUCUACUAAAAAUACAAAAUUAGCUGGGUGUGGUGGUGCAUGCCUGUAAUCCCAGCUACUCAGGAGGCUGAGGCAGGAGAAUUGCUUGAACCCAGGAGACGGAGGUUGAGGUGAGCCGAGAUCGCUCACCAUUGCACUCCAACGUGGGCAACAAGAGCGAAACACCAUCUCAAGAAAAAAAAAAAAAGUUCCUGCCUACAUAUGUUUCUCAGCCCCAGGUCAUCAACUUUAAAUGUGAACACAAAGCACUUGACUAUGGACAUUCAUAUAUAAGGCAAGCUGAAGGGCUCUGCAGAGUUCACUGUACUAGAAAAACAACUCCCUUUCGAGUUCCGCGGUGGUGUGUGUUUAAGUAAUAUUAAUCCUGUGAAUGAGGAGGAAGAAAGAUCCUUGAGUUUAAUUAACUACUAGUUUGGAUGCUUUUCAUGUUCCAAAGUUACUGGAGUUAAUGGCUAAAACAGUGUGUCAGCCAGAUGCGGUAGCCCAUGCAUGUAGUCCCAGCACUUUGGGAGGCUGAGAAAGGAAGAUCACUUGAGCUCUGGAGGUUAAGGCUGCAGUGAGCUGUGAUCACGCCACUGCUCUCAAGCCUGGGCUACAGAGCAAAACCCUGUCUCUCUCUCUCAAAAAAAAGAAUGUCACAAAACAGUGUGGGGGAUCAUUUUGGGUAUAACCUUCACCCCGUGCUGAUAAGCACUUGUGCCAAUAUUUGGAUUUUUAAUUCAUUUAAAGCCCUGUUGGAUAAUGGGAUGAAGUAAUGGGUUUUGCAUUAAACAAAUCAGAAUUUGAAGCUUGGUUCCGUCAUUCACCAGCUGUGUGACCUUGAGCCUGCUACUUAGGUUCUCUGAGGCUAGUGUUUCACCUGCAAAUCAUCAUCCCUACUUUUAGAAUGUCUAGGAAGGAGCAAUGCAUUAAAGCAUCUGGUGUGUAGUAAUCACCUAAUCAUUGAUGACUUUUAUUAUCCAGCAAACAUCUAUGAAGUAAGAAGUGCCCUCCAUGGAGGCACAGUAGAGACUAUCUAGAUUAGCAAGGCAUGAUCUCUGCCCUCUGGCAGCCUACCCUUUAAUGGAGAGAAUGUAUACCCAUAUGGCUAUCAUAUAAUACAUCAUAAGUAGGAAAAGUACCAUAAAAACACAAAAAAGAGAGAUUUGAUCCAAUUCUGGUUGAAGUUUCCAUGAAAGAGUUUUAAGAGCUUGACAGGCAGAGAUGGUGUAAGAAGGUUUUUCUAAAUAGAUAGAGCAAUUUUAGCAAAGUCCUAGAAAUGGAAAAGCCCAGAAUGAGUUUGGGUGAAGGAAGCUGAGCUGUCAGGUAGAGUGUAUCAACAGGAGUAAGACCACUGAGGUGCAAUCCUCAAGGAGGUACCAGAUCAUGGAGAGAAAAGGAUGCUCUUCAAAGGAGCUUCAACUUUGUUCUGUAGGCAAAUAGGGAGCCAUGGAAGGUUUCUGAUUAAGAGAAUGAUAAGAGGAGGACUGCACUUCCUCCAGAUUGAUUCCUCUGGCAACCCAGAAAAGUCUGAGUAGAGCAUGGAGACACUUGUGAAAAGCACCCGAGGUGGUAGUGAUUGAGCACUCACUCUUUUCUAAAAGUGUCACUCAUUAAUUCCCUCAACAGAGUGAUGAGCUAGGUGCUAUUAUGCCUCUCUUCAUAGAUGAGGACAUUAAGACACUGAGAUGUUAAGUAACCUACCUAAGGUCACACAGCUAGUAAGAGAUCCCAGCAGUCUGUCCCUGGAGUUUAUAUUCUAAACUUAUACUCCACUGCCUCAAAAGCCAACCCCAAGUGAAGGAUGCCUUCAUUCUAUCCUGCUCUGUCUUUUUGCCUCAUCUCUUUUGCUCUCUUCGGUCCUCAGCUUGUUCAUAUAUGAAAUAGGAGACUUUAAUUGGCUUUCUAAGAUGCUGUCUCUCUCUCGUAGUUUUUUUAAAUUCUGUAUUUAAUUGUGGAGCUAAUCUAUUUGGGCAGUGUUAGGAGGAAAGAAAAAGAUCAAACAGUUGUGCAAGAGAGAGACAAAAACUUCCGCUUUUUUUAGGAUUUUUUUUUAUUCUCAAACUUUUCCUGGCUCCAAAUUUACUUAAAUCAUAAUUUAUAAAGGAUAGAAGGACACAUUAAAUACUGUAUAUAUUUUGGUGUAUUGAAUGGUAUGAGGUAGUGCAUAGGAGGUAGCUGCUAAACUCUAAGAUACUAUGCAAAUAUGAUGAAUACUUAUUAGUUUAUUAUUCCCAUGCUUCAAAAAGAUAUGAUAGUUACUACUUAAACCAGAAUAUUAGUGCUCAGUGACUGAGCUUUCGGAUAAGGUGACUCAUGGAAAAGAAAGUCAACAUUGAAGGACUCCCUUAAGGCUCGUUGCAAUCUGCACUCAGCUAGUUGGGACAAAAUACACAUUUGGAUUUUCCUUACUGGUCAACAAUGUUUCUGAAACAGCUGAAUGCAAGUUGUCACUCCACCUCUUAGCGUUUUCAGGUUUUUCUCCGUAUUUCAAGGUGCGGUGCUCUGCUCCCUGUCUGCAGCAGGAGUCCAGCCCUUGCUUGGGUUCUCUUGUUUCCAAGGCAACUGGCCGGCCCAACAAAGCCACUGGUGGCGGCGGCGCAGCGCGCAGAGUCCCGGGGCGCAGAGCCAUCUCCUCCGCGCCGGGCCUCAUGUUUCCUCGGGACGUUCCUGGUGACCUCCUGGGUCCUCGGGUGAUCUGCGCCGCGACUUCAUGCGUGGCUGUCUCUCUGUGCAUCAGUGAUAAUGAGGAAGCCGAUAAUUCCGACAGGCCCGACUUUAUCCGGCUGCUACUUCUGGCCUCUGCUACAGCAGACAGGAUGAAUGCAUUUUCUGUCACUCACGCCCUUUUUCUCAGCCUCUCCAUCUCCAUCUAGUCUCCUUUCCCUUCUCUCUCUCUCUCUCCCUCUCUCUCCUCUGUCUCUCUCUCUCUCUCUCUCUCUCUCUCUCUCUCUCUCUCUCUCUCUCAUACGCUCUCCUCCUCCCCUUUCUCCAGCAGUAGCCUUCUUAAUGUAGUUUAAUGGCUUUACAAAGAAAGCCAGGCAGAGGAGCACUUCUCAGUGGCUGUGGUCGGACCAUGACCUAGCUGACCAUGAACUUGGAAGGGCUUGAAAUGAUAGCAGUUCUGAUCGUCAUUGUGCUUUUUGUUAAAUUAUUGGAACAGUUUGGGCUGAUUGAAGCAGGUUUAGAAGACAGCGUGGAAGAUGAACUGGAGAUGGCCACCGUCAGGCAUCGGCCCGAAGCCCUUGAGCUUCUGGAAGCCCAGAGCAAAUUUACCAAGAAAGAGCUUCAGAUCCUUUACAGAGGAUUUAAGAACGAAUGCCCCAGUGGUGUUGUUAAUGAAGAAACCUUCAAAGAGAUUUACUCGCAGUUCUUUCCACAGGGAGACUCUACAACAUAUGCACAUUUUCUGUUCAAUGCAUUUGAUACAGACCACAAUGGAGCUGUGAGUUUCGAGGAUUUCAUCAAAGGUCUUUCCAUUUUGCUCCGGGGGACAGUACAAGAAAAACUCAAUUGGGCAUUUAAUCUGUAUGACAUAAAUAAAGAUGGCUACAUCACUAAAGAGGAAAUGCUUGAUAUAAUGAAAGCAAUAUACGAUAUGAUGGGUAAAUGUACAUAUCCUGUCCUCAAAGAAGAUGCUCCCAGACAACACGUCGAAACAUUUUUUCAGAAAAUGGACAAAAAUAAAGAUGGGGUUGUUACCAUAGAUGAGUUCAUUGAAAGCUGCCAAAAAGAUGAAAACAUAAUGCGCUCCAUGCAGCUCUUUGAAAAUGUGAUUUAACUUGUCAAAUAGAUCCUGAAUCCAACAGACAAAUGUGAACUAUUCUACCACCCUUAAAGCUGGAGCUACCACUUUUAGCAUAGAUUGCUCAGCUUGACACUGAAGCAUAUUAUGCAAACAAGCUUUGUUUUAAUAUAAAGCAAUCCCCAAAAGAUUUGAGCUUUCAGUUAUAAAUCUGCAUCCUUUUCAUAAUGCCACUGAGUUCAUGUCAUAAUGCCACUGAGUUCAUGGGAUGGUCUAACUCAUUUCAUACUCUGUGAAUAUUCAAAAGUAAUAGAAUCUGGCAUAUAGUUUUAUUGGUUCCUUAGCCAUGAGAUUAUUGAGGCUUUCACAUAUCAGUGAUUUUAAAAUAUCAGUGUUUUUUGCUACUCAUUUAUAUGUAUUCAGUCCUAGAUAUGUAUUCAGUCCUAGGAUUUUGAAUGGUUUUCUAAUAUAAAUAUAGUGACAUCUGCAUUUAAUUUCCAGAAAUUAAUUUUCAUGUUUGAAUGCUGUAAUUCCAUUUAUAUACUUUUUUAAGUAAACAAGAUUACAAUUAAAAAACACAUAGUUCCAGUUUCUAUGGCCUUCCCACCUUCUGUUAGAAAUUAAUUAAUUUUAUCUGGCAUUUUUAAACAUUUAAAAAUUAGUUUAAAAAUUAGUUUAUUAUCAGAUAUCAGCAUAUGCCUAAUAAAACUUAUUUUAAUAAGCAUUUAAUUUUCCAUAAUAUGUUACAGCCAAGGCCUAUAUAAUAAUUUUGGAUUUGUUCAAUCUUAUUGUAUCAAUCAUUAAGUGGAAGUUGAAGAAGGCAUCAAACAAAACAAGGAUGUUUACAGACAUAUGCAAAGGGUCAGGAUUAUCUAUCCUCCAGUAUAUAGUAAUAGUAUAUAGUAAUGCUUAAUAACAAGUAAUCCUAACAGCAUUAAAGGCCAAAUCUGUCCUCUUUCCCCUGACUUCCUUACAGCAUGUUUAUUUAUAUUACAAGCCAUUCAGGGACAAAGAAAGAAACCUUGACUACCCCACUGUCUACUAGGAACAAACAAACAGCAAACAAAAUUCACUUUGAAAGCACCAGUGGUUCCAUUACAUUGACAACUACUACCCUACUACCAAGAUUUAGUAGAAAAUAAGUGCUCAACAAAUAAUCCAGAUUACAGUAUGAUUUAGCUCAUCAUAAUAAUUCAGAUUAUUUUUAAUCAUCUUAGCCAAAACUGUAAAGUUGCCACAUUACUAAAGCCACACACAUCGUCCCUGUUUUGUAGAAAUAUCACAAAGACCAAGAGGCUACAGAAGGAGGAAAUUUGCAACUGUCUUUGCAACAAUAAAUCAGGUAUCUAUUCUGGUGUAGAGAUAGGAUGUUGAAAGCUGCCCUGCUAUCACCAGUGUAGAAAUUAAGAGUAGUACAAUACAUGUACACUGAAAUUUGCCAUCGCGUGUUUGUGUAAACUCAAUGUGCACAUUUUGUAUUUCAAAAAGAAAAAAUAAAAGCAAAAUAAAAUGUUUAUAACUCUA